UAGAUAAUGUUUUGUAUAAAUACCUUACUAAUGUUUCCUUAAUCAUAGUUUGUAUAACAUCUAACAAACAAAAGCAGCAAAAAUGAAUUCCCUCUUCAUCUUCGCCUCCGUGCUCGCCCUGGCUGUUGCCGGACCUGCCCACCGUGGCCUGGUCGCCCCCGGACCCGCUGGACCCGUCAUGGCCCCCGAAUUCGAGCCCAUCGCUAUCGGACCCGCCGUCAUCGAGAAUAAUCCUAUCUCUGUAGGACCCGUGAUGGUUGAGGCCGAGCCUAUUGCCGUUGGACCCGCUAUCAUCGAGACCGCUCCCAUCUCCGUCGGACCCGCCAUCAUUGACGCUUUCGAGCCCAUCGCCGUCGGACCCGCUAUCGUCGAAGGUUUCGAGCCCAUCGCUCCUUCUCCCGUCGCUGUUGUCGAAGAGGCCGUCAACCACCCCGCUGCUCCCGCCCUCGUCCAGAUCAUCUUGAACAUCAACGGUGUCAGCCACGUCAUCGACACUCCCCUUGAGAUUCCCGUCGCCACCCCCGUGCAGGUUGUAGACAGCGCCCCCGUCGCCCCUGCUCCCGUGCAGGUUGUGGAGGUCGCCCCCGUCCCCGUUGAGCCCGUGCAGGUCGUCGAGGCCGCCCCUGAACCCGUCCAGGUCAUCGAGGCUGCCCCCGCUCCCGUCAUCAUCGGAACCCCCACUCUGCCCGUCCCCGUUGUCGUCCUUCCCGAGGAACUCAACUAAUCUGGUCGAGUAAGGAUCUUACAGGAACUGCGCUACUGCGUGAAUAUCUACACAACCACUUGCUAUAAAAAUAUAAAUAAAUGACAUCAGUUCCGGAAUAACUAUAAA